UUCUCACAUUCUUCUGCUUUAUAUAACUCACUUCUCCUCUUAUUUAUUACAAACACCAAACCACAUCUCAUUAUUCAUCAUUACACCUCCCUCUCUUUCCUCUUCACACCCCCUCCCUCCCUCCCUCUCACAAUGGGAAAGAAAAUUUUGAAACUAUCUUCACUUUUCAAAACCAAACAACAUCCAUGGCAAUUCUUACCUUCCUGUAACCACCAUCCAAAGACUCUCUCCUUUCGAACUGGUGCUGCUGUUGUUGAUGAUGACAUGUUCAAGACAGUUAACUCAGUGUUCUUCGACCAAACAGACAAUCAAAGCAAUAUCGAAACACCGAAGUCAUGUUUCACAACAACCUCGUCUGAUUCUGUCGCGAGUUUCUCGACAGAAUCAGACGAGUAUUACUGCUACAACGACGGAGAGCUCUUGGAGACAUUGGUACGAGGAGUUAAAUCCGAGAGGUCUUCAGAGAGGCUGUUUUUUGAAGCCGAGGACACGAGUUCGAUCUUGGAAAAGGCGAAGGCCAACGAUUUUCCGUUUAAGGAAAGUGUUGUGUUGGCUUUGGAGUCAGAUGAUCCUUAUGAGGAUUUCAAGAGAUCAAUGGAGGAGAUGGUCGAGUCACAUGGUGUGAAGGAUUGGGAAGGUUUGGAGGAACUUUUGAGUUGGUAUUUGAGAGUUAAUGGGAAGAAUAAUCAUGGGUUUAUUGUUGGUGCUUUUGUUGAUUUGUUGAUUAGUUUGACAGGCUCUAAGGAUUCUAGUAAGUCUUGUUCUGAUUUCACUUUGUAUUCUUCUGCUGUUUCUUCUUUUGCUUCUUCACCAAAUUUGUAUUUAUCUGAGGGGCAGAAUGAGAUUACUGAGAUUGAAGAUAAUGAUAAUGUAACAGAUUCUUAGAUUUAUAGAUUAGAUUAGAUGUAGUUUUAACUUUUUUUUUUGUUGGUGUUGUACAUUAUGUAGAUUGGAAAAAAAUUUAAUGAGAAUUAAGUUAUGAUGAUCUUGU